GGGAGGGCGGCUGCUUCCGGCGCGGUCGCUGCUGCCGUCUCCGGCGCGCCAUGGCUGCCUUCCGCCGUCAGGUCCUUGACUGGCACCGCCUGAUCCCCCUCACCUGGGCCUGUAUCGCUAGGCAGAUUCCUCAUCUUGGAGAACAGAGAAGGACAACAGCUUCCUUGUUGCGCAAACUGACUACAGCCUCCAGUGGAGGGUUCAUUGAGGAGUCAUCCUGUAUUAGAUCCAGUAACUCUGUGCAGGAGCCAGAAUGCAGGAGGAAUCUUGUUCAGUGCCUCCCUGAGGAGCAGAGGACUCCUGUGGAACAAGGAUCCUCGGUACUGGAGAGAGUCGUCAGUUCCCUCCAGGACAUGGGUUUCAGCGAUGCCCAUAUUAAUGAAUUGCUCCGUGUACAGCCAGGUGCCAGUCCUCAGCAGUUGCUGGACAUCAUUUCAGAAUGUAUUCUCUUGGGUCUGAAUCCAGAGCCUGUGUUUGUGGCCUUGAAGAAAAGUCCCCAGUUAUUGAAACUGCCUAUUAAGCAAAUGAGGAAGCGCUCCAGUUACCUGCGAAAACUUGGGCUUGGAGAAGGGAAAUUAAAGAGGGUGCUUUCCUGUUGCCCUGAAAUUUUCACCAUGCCUCAGCAGGACAUUGAUGGCACUGUCAGGCUUCUCAAGGAGAAGUGCCUUUUCACGGUACAGCAAGUCACCAGGAUUUUGUACAGCUGCCCCUUUGUUCUCCGAGAGGACCUGAGCCAAUUGGAGUAUAAGUUUCAGUAUGCGUAUUUCAGGAUGGGAAUUACGCAUCCAGACAUUGUGAAGAGUGAGUACCUGCAGUAUCCACUCAGCAAGAUUAAGCAGAGACACAUUUACUUGGAGCGCCUGGGACGGUACCAAACCCCUGAUAAGAAGGGGCAGACACAGAUCCUUAACCCAUUGGUCAAGAACAUUCUCAGAGUGUCAGAAGCUGAGUUUUUGGCCAGGACAGCCUGUACUUCUGUUGAGGAAUUUGAGGUUUUUAAGAAGCUCUUGGCUCGGGAGGAGGAGGAGUCUGAGAGUGGCAAAAGGGCAAGUCUGGAGGAGGAGGAGGAAGAGGAGGACGAGGAGGAGGAGGACGAGGAGGAGGAUGAAGAGGAGGACGAGGACGACGACGAUGAAGAUGACGAGGAGGAGCAGCUGUGACGGGAGGCCAGAAGCAAAGGCCCAGAGUACCAGGGAAGCUUUCCAUUUGCUAAGAGCCUCUGGGUCCUUUACUUGAAUCUUCUCAAGUUACUUUUUAUUCUAAAACUAGUCUUUUGAUGAAAAAAAUUAUAAAUCACCUGAGAGGUAGAUCAAACCAAACAGGAAACAGGAAAUGCAAGUUUCAUCUGUUGUCAGGUGUCCGGGGGGAGGGCCCUGUCCCAUCCUAAAUAACUUGCUUACUGUGAGCUAUUCAAAUCAAGGGGACAUUUUGUUUUACUUUUUUCUCUUUUGAAUAUGUUGGUGAUAAUUCCAUGACAGUUGGAAGAUGGGAUUCCUUCUUCUGGGUCAGGAAUCACUUUAUAUUUCCUUUUAGUGAUAAAAAUAAAAUUAUGAGAAGGCAGUGUGA